AUGGGGCUGCUGGCUGGUGGGAAGUGGAAGGUGGAAGCAGUGUCCUGUCCCCGGAGCCUGGACUGUGCCCUGCAGCGCCGGCAGUUCUGCCUGCCCGGCUCAGGCGCCUGCGGCCCCUGCCUGCCCGCCUUCCAGGAGGACAAUCGUGGGCGAUGCGUGCAGAAGCAGCUCUCACCCAGUGGGCGGACAUCCCUUCCCAGCUUGGAGGAAGAAAUCGAUUUUCUGGCAGAUGUGCUGGCCCGGCAAGAGGCUCCUGGUACCCACCUGCAGCAGGAUGGCAAGUUCAGGAGGCUGAUCGCAGUGUGCACAGUGGCCGGGGUUUCAGCACUGGUUGUGGCUGCCGUCUGCUGGUGCAGGCUGCAGAAGGAGGUCAGGCUGGCACAGAAAGCCGACUACUCAGCACAGCGAGUGGCCAGCCCCCUGCCCUACGACAAGAUCUCGCCUGGGGACAAGACACUGGCUCAGAGUGCCCAGAUGUACCACUACCAGCACCAAAAGCAGCAGAUGCUUUCCAUGGAGAAGCAUAAAGAGGAGCCCAAGCUGCCAGACACCGCAUCAUCUGAUGAGGAGAAUGAGGAUGGAGACUUCACUGUGUAUGAGUGCCCUGGACUGGCUCCGACCUGGGAAGAGCUGGAGCAGUUUGCUAAGGACCUCAAACACAAGCGCAUCAUGCUGGGCUUCACUCAGGCUGACGUGGGGCUGGCCCUGGGCACUCUCUACGGGAAGAUGUUCAGCCAGACCACUAUCUGCCGCUUCGAAGCGCUCCAGCUCAGCUUCAAGAACAUGUGCAAGCUGAAACCGCUGCUGCAGCGUUGGCUUAACGAGGCAGAGAACACGGACAACAUGCAAGAGAUGUGCAAUGCAGAGCAAGUGUUGGCCCAAGCCCGGAAGAGAAAACGCAGGACCAGCAUCGAGACCAAUGUGAAGGGGACGCUGGAGAGCUUCUUCCGCAAGUGUGUGAAGCCCAGUCCCCAGGAGAUCUCCCAGAUUGCUGAGGACCUCAACCUAGACAAAGAUGUGGUCCGGGUCUGGUUUUGCAACCGGCGUCAGAAAGGCAAACGGCUGCUGCUGCCCUUUGGCAACGACGCAGAGGGGGUGAUGUACGACAUGAACCAGUCCUUGGUGCCCACCACCCUGCCCAUCCCAGUGACGUCCCAGGGCUACAGCCUGGCACCCUCCCCUCCGGUCUACAUGCCUCCCUUUCACAAAGCCGAGAUGUUCCCUCAAGCGCUGCAGUCUGGGCUGUCCAUGAACAACAGCAGUCACUGA